GCAGUUCGCGCGCUUUUCUCGUCCAUCUUCUUUAAACUGCGGGAAAAAACACUUGUGGCAGUCGCGAAGGAGGAAAAUAAAUUAAUUAAAGCGAGUAUAAUCCAAGCAUCGCCACGCCAUGGACAUCGAUUUCGGCGCCGAGGCGGGGCAGUCCUACCGCACCGUGCAGCUCUCUGCGAAAGAAGUGCUCGCCGCUGGCCGCCGUCAGCAUUAUUGCAACAUGAUCGACCUGUUGGCCAGCAGCUGCAAGAGCUCCGGCCUGAUUGCCACAGGCUUCACGGACGACGAGCUGGUCGAAUUCUGGCUGGGCGACAUCCUGCCGCUCAUGUUUGACGAGGAUCGGAAGAUCCAGGACAGCGCCGUUGCCGCUCUGGCGGAGGCACUGGUGGCCCUCGAUGUCUCGGCCAUCCACUCGGCCAGGUGCUGGUCCCAGAUCCGCAGUGAGUUCGUCAAUAAGUACACCACGUUCAUUGGGGAAAUGCGCGAUGCCAAGAACUCAAACUGGCACAAGAUCUGGACUCUGCUGGUGCAGAUCAUGGACGAAGAUCUGCUCAGGGGCUGCGUCUACAUUAACAAGUUUCUGGCCCUGGUGGAACUGGGCUUCCGGAACCCAGACAACGGCGUCCGAUCGGAGGCCUUUCUCUGCUGGCGCGUGCUCAUCAAGAUUUUCGCCGCCUACGACGAACUGGCCUCCGUGAAGAGGCUGCGACUGCUGCUGAUCCCCCUGCGAACCUCACAGUCGCGAUCCUCCCACGUCAGUGGCAUCAAGCUGCGAGUGUGGUGGUACCUGCUUACCUGCCUGGACCAGGAGAUACCCAAGUCCUUCGACAGCGCCGUGGAGCACUUCCUGGCCUUCAUGUUUGGCGGAGGACCGCGAAAUCUGGCUUCGGGCCUGGCCCACAAUUACCAGACGGCGCGGGAGUUGGCUCUGCCCUGUCUGGUAGCCCUUUGGGGCGUGGAGCCCAGUGUCCCACUGCAACGACUGUUGAGAGAGCUACGCCUGGAGACCUUUGCCCAACCCUCGCCCCUGAUGAGCGCAGAGGUAUUGCAGCAGCACUGGAAGCCGCUGUUGGCCGCCGCCGUUUCCGGGAUGAAGCUGCUAACCGAGAAUGAUGCCACAGAGGCAGAACAGCUCUUGCUGCAGCUGCUUGUGCGGAAUCUCUGCCUAGCUAUGUUUACUUUGGCAGUGGCCCCAUUCAAUGUUGCCUGCUGCAGUGAGAUCGAGAAAAUGCUGCUAGCCGAAAGUAACUCUGGCGGUCGCGUAGUUCGUGCACUCUUCAAUACCAUAGCCGGUGAAAGCUUGGCGAUGGAGCGUGUGUCUGGGAGUGACCAGCUCGAUGUUCUGGAGGCCUACCUGAAGCUGAUCCUGAAAUCUAGGAAGGAAGUCCCUGCGGCCAUUUUGCAGCGGAGUAUUGCAUGCAUCUUCGCCGUCGACCGCAUUGAUGCGGACAAUCAAAAUGGGUUCCGAAUGCUGGGCUCUUUCGCCGAGCUUCUGAUGCAGGCAAACGACGAGGAGGACUUCGAGGGAUUUGCAGUCAAGCUACAGGUGUGGCGGCAGGUGUCGCAGGCUCUGUCCAACUAUCUGCGAAACAAUGCGCUUGAAUACCGCGUGGCACAUAAUGCUUCGCUUCUUGACACGUGGCUUUCAUGGCCACUUCAGACACUGGCUGCUUUUGCUGGCCGCCGAGCUAGCAACUCCUUUGACGCCUCUUUUUGCGAGCAGUGGCGCCAGCUGCUAAAUGCAGGUCAGAAUGCCCCCGAAAGGAAGAAGUUCGUAACGGAUCUGAAAGCUACUCUCACGGAUCUCUAUAAGAGCAAAGACGAACCGCUAUUCGGGGAGCUCUUUGACGCUUACGUGUCUUCCGUUCUCAAGCUGGGACUCUGCAAGGAGGCACCCCUAUACAAGGAUGUUUUUGGCCUGCUCCAAACCAUCUUCGAGCAGCCAUCCUCGCAGCAGAUGCUUGAGGCCUGCUUGAACACCCUCCGCAACUUGAUACUGGAGUUGCGCCAGAACGAACUUAUGGUAGUGUUUGAUGCCCUGAAACCCACAUUGUCCUCUGCCAUUCAAUGCUGGAAUAAGUUGAAGUGCGAGGGAAGCUUCCUAGAGGAGUGGAAGCGAGCGAUUCAAGAGAAGUUCCGCAAGUUACCCAUGAAAAGUAUGUCCAAUCAGCUGAGGGACCUUUUUAAGGGGGACGACCUUUUCGUCAUCAUCCCCUCGGUGUGGAGCCUAAACCCCGAGAAGCUGACAGAUCGCCAGAAGGAGCGAUUCGCCGAGAAGUCUGAUAUCCCAGCUCUAUAUAAUGACAUGUCACAGUCGCAGGACUCAGCCUCCAUCAAGCCCUGGACGCCCAAGAAGGUGGUCAUCUCCAGGAGCAAACAGGGUGAGCUGGCUCUAACCGGCAAGGAUGACAACGAGGAGGUGAUCGAUAUUACACCCAGCGAGGAGCCGGAAAAAGAACCAGUGCCAGCCGAGGUGCCCACCCCAAUCCGUAAACACCCCGGACGCAAGUCAAAGGCUCAAAAAGAAGAGGAGGCCGCUGCAGCAAAGGCGGAGGAACCGCCAAAGCGUCAGACGCGAACGCGUGCUGCUCAAAAGGACACGGAACAGGCGGCACUACCACUGCCUGCGCCCGAACGCCAGCUGAGAUCGCCCAGGAAAGUGCCACCGCCUCCGCCGGCUCAAUCCACAGCAGCUGUCGCCAAGCAGACAAAGGUUGCAAAACCCACCCCAGUUGUGGUAAUUGAACAGAGCGAGGAUCUGUUCCCGGAAAUUACCGCUGAACCAGAGCCUCAGCCAGAACCGGUUAAGAAACCCGACGCUACUGCCGAAACACACCUUACCCCGCCGGAUGUGCCUGUGGAUGCCGUGCUCUCCACCCAACUUCUGGGGAGCAGCGGAGAUAGUACGCCUGCCGCGGCUGCCAUGGCUGCCGCAGAGACUUCGCCCAAGAAAGCCAACACUCGAAUAUGCAAUUUGAACUCCCCACCGGAUCGCAAGCAGACAAACAAUUCAUCGAGUCCCACCUUGCGGCCCAAGCCUACCGGCCAUCUAACCGGACGCGGUGCCCAGCUAAUCAACAUGAUCCGCAACAAGAAGCUGGAUUCCGCCGCCGGCUCGCCAUAUGCUUCCAUGUCGACCUCCCGCUUGAUCCACCAGGUGACACCAGCCCGUAUCUUAGACCGCGCCGAGCAGGUGUCCACGCCGACCAGUGAACUGAACGAGCUGACGGGCACGGAUCAAACUUCCACGCCGAUUCAGGCACCGCCUAACAAGGAUCUGCUGACGUUCUCCAAGCGACUUCCCUCGCCCUCGGCAAGUCCCUCUGUGAGCAUCCUGAAGCGCAAGCUGCGAUGCGACAGCCUGGAUGAUGUCACCCUGGACUCGCCGGCGCUGAAGCGAAAGCGGGUGAGCUUCCACGACCCACCGGUGUCCGUCACCAAGGAGUACCUGCGGGAUACCGAGGAGACGCGCAGCACUUUGAAGCCCAAGCGUUGCCUGCUAAUGGACAAGGUGGCCCAGACCAGCGAGAUGCGCCAGGCGCUGAGAAGGCGUGGUCGCUUGGACAGCAUAAUCGAGAUCGAGCGCUUCGCUAGCGAGCAGACAGCCAGAACGGCGACGACGGACAAGUCGCUGGACAAGUCCACUGGAGAAGCUCCCGAAGAUGACGCCUUCACCAGCUUGAAGUGGAACGACACAGGCAAUGCCCACAACAUAAGCCCAUCCGAAGAGCCCGUCAAGGCCAUGGAGGUGGAACCAGAGUCGGAGCCGGCUGGCCAGGAUCUAGCUAUCGUGGAUGCAGAUGCCGCUCUCGACCUGGUGGUGGAGCAGUUGCCGUUGGAGUCUGUUUUGCAGCGCUACUUUGACAAGAGCCAACUGAGGAGCGCCGGCACGUUGGCCAAGUUCUUGUCGGCUCAAAUGGAGGCCAAUGAAAAACUAAAGACCAACGUGCUGGAGACUCUGUCGGAGAAUCACUCCAAGGACUUUCUGGACCACGCGGUGCGCGAGAAUCUGUCAUCGGUGGUGUGCGACCGCUUGAACCCCAACUCAGUGCUGGAGUACGUCUGCGCCAAGUCCAAGAUCAGCAACAGUUGCCGCAGCGGGCUGCUGGCCCAGGUGCCCGAAAUCCUCAAGAGCGGCCCUCGUUCCGAUGCCGAGCGCAUGGCCUUCGUGCAGCAGCUGCUGGUGCAGUGCAGCCCCGGCGACAGCCAGCUCCUCGAUCUCAUUGACCUCCUGAUGCGCGCGCGGCACGAGCGGGACAGCAGCACGUCCACACACAUCCCAAAAGGCGUGGCAGCCGCCGCUGGAAGCCCUGACAACGUGGCCGAGACCGCGGCGGACUCCUCAUCCAACUUGUGAGUGGGACCACAGUUGAAAUAUUACGUUGGAAUAUUACGUAGUUGGCCAUUGCCCUCACUUGAGGGUGGGAAAUCGUUUGUAUCUGCUUAGUUUUAGUUAGUUAACUUUAUUUGCAUUAUGUAUUAGAUAUAUUGUAUGCCCGUUGGUGUAUUACGUUUUGGCUGCAAAAAUUUGCUUCAUUUUACAAUAAAUUCAAACUUUUAUUAUUAACUAAA